AGAACAAUCUUUAGGAAGGAAAAUAAAAACAAUUAAGUUUAAUGGUGACACUGUAGGAUCCAAAUUUAUACUGUAUGCGUGUGAUGCAGACAGUGAGACUUGCUGCUCGUAGGUGUUAGUGGAACCUACCAAUACCAAUAUUGUCUUCCGUUUUUUAAUCCCUGCGUUAUUUUGGGACUUUUUUGACAAAUGUAAUUCUUCAUUUGAAAUUACGCAUUUCUCGCUGUGCCUCUGCGCAAGGCAGAUGCAGAUCAGGCUUAUUACAUGGCGAGGUGUCAUUAGUUUAAUUCUCUUUGUAUUUUCCUUUCAUCUUUAUCGUCAUAGAAUGCAGUACUGGUGUUUUGUAGUUGUUGAUUACACAAAAGAAAACAGGAAUUCUGUUUCACGUUGAUCAUUCUGACACGAGAAAUGAAAGCUAAAGCCGUGGCUAUUUUACCGAUAUAUUUGGUGAGAGCUCAUUUUAUUUUUAGAAUAUAAAAAAUGAGUUGUACGACUAAAUAAAUAUUAUUAUUAUUAUUAUUUUGACAACUUAAUGUUGGCCAGUUUACAUAAAUAGUUGUUUAUCCAUUCCAGUGGUGGAAGUUCUAUGAUGCGUCCACAUGAUGUCUCUGUUGACCCACAAAGUAAAAUAUUCUCCUCUUGGUAUCUGGGCUCCUCCUUGUUUGGUAACGGGUUGCGAUUACACAGGGCUUUGUUACACGGACUCGCAGUACGCCAAGAGCUGGGUUGCAGACUUCAGGAUUCUUCCGUUAUUUGCGGAGUAAAUUUAUGUAUUUGUAUCAGUGAUUUUGGAAUUUUAAACGCCUCAUUGGAUUUAUGUUGCUGCCAAGGUUAGCGGAACAUGUAUUUUUCAGAGAGAAAAGAGUCUUUGGUGACGUAUCUUCUGGUCCUGCUCCUGUUGUGUGGUUGGGAAUCGGCUUCUGGACAGCUCUCGUAUUCAGUUUCCGAGGAGGUAAACCCGGGAACCUUUGUGGGAAAUCUUGCCAAAGAUUUAAAUCUGAAUGUACUUGAACUGGAAUCACGUACAUUUAAGAUUGUCGCCGGUUCCAAGAAGAAAUAUUUCGAGGUGAAUUUAAAGACGGGUAUUUUGUAUGUUAAUGACAGAAUUGACAGAGAGGAGCUUUGUCCUAACGCCCUCAAAUGUGUGGUUAAUGUAGAAGCUGUUAUUAACAAUCCUCUGGGACUUUAUCGUGUGGAAGUUAAUAUUGUGGACGUCAACGAUAAUGCUCCCGCAUUUCGAGUAAAACUACAAUACGUCAAUAUAACUGAAAAUACCUUACCUGGACUACGAUUUCCUUUACUUGUGGCCUACGAUGCGGAUGUAGGGAAAAAUUCUGUAAACACGUAUAAGCUGAGUCAGAAUGAACACUUCUCUUUGGAUUUGCACAAACGAGAGACUGUAUCUGCAGAGUUGGUGCUGCAGAAGGCUUUAGAUCGAGAGAAACAGUCUGUGAUUCAGCUCCUACUGACUGCUGUAGACGGGGCAAAUCCGCCGAGGUCUGGCACCAUGCAGGUUAUUGUGAAUGUCUUGGACAUUAACGACAACACUCCAGUUUUCAGCAGUUCUCUGUAUAAAGUUAGUAUCUUUGAAAACACACCACCGGGAACAUCAAUAAUAACUUUAAAUGCAACGGAUUUAGACGCAGGUUCAAAUGGUGAAAUCGCGUACUCCUUUAGUAAGCUUGAGCAAGUCCAUAUCUUAGAUAUGUUCACAAUAGAUUCCCAUACGGGGACAGUUACAGUGAAGGGAGUGAUAGAUUUUGAACAAAAUAACGCGUUUGAAAUUCACACUCUAGCUAGUGACGGAGCUCAGCCACCUAUGGCGGCUCACUCUAAAUUGUUGAUUGAAGUGAUGGAUGUCAAUGAUAACGCUCCUGAAAUAACAGUGACGUCUCUCUUGAAUAACGUGAAAGAAGACACAAAACUAGGGACUACGAUUGCUCUUGUUUCCGUUCUUGAUGCAGAUGGUGGUAAAAACGGAAUGGUGAAUUGUUACAGUUCCAAGGAAUUCCCCUUUAAACUGCAAACGAACUAUAAGAACUAUUACUCUUUGGUAGUUGACGGCCCACUGGACAGAGAGAGCGCUCCACAAUACAAUGUCACCAUAACAGCUACUGAUGAGGGGACUCCGCCCCUCUCCAGCACCAGCGUUAUCACUGUGAGUAUUUCCGAUGUAAACGACAACGCGCCACGCUUUCCGGUACCCUUGAAUAACGUGUAUGUGAAAGAAAAUAUCCAAGUGGGAUCUGUAAUUUACACUGCAUUUGCCUUUGAUCCUGAUUUAAACGAAAAUGCGAAAGUUUCUUAUUCUUUAUUGGAGACUUCGGCAAAGGGUGCCGCCACGUCGUCUACUUUCAAAAUGAACUCCAUUACUGGGGAAAUAUACAGCUUGAAAACCUUUAACUAUGAAGACACGAAAUCGUUCCAGUUUCAAGUUCAGGCUACAGACUCUGGUGUUCCUCCACUAAGCAGCAACGUGGAUGUGAACGUUUUUAUCUUGGAUGAGAACGACAACAGUCCGGCGGUUCUUCCGCCCUAUUCUGACCGGGGCUCCGUUAAUACUGAGAACAUUCCCUAUUCUGCUGAAGCGGGAUACUUUGUGGCCAAGAUCAGGGCUGUAGACGCAGACUCUGGUUACAACGCGCUGCUUUCUUAUCACAUUGCGGAACCCAAGGGAAGCAGCCUCUUCCGAAUCGGAAGCAGCACCGGGGAAAUAAGGACAAAGAGGCGAAUGAGUGACAAUGACUUGAAGACUCAUCCAUUGGUGAUUUUGAUUUCUGAUCACGGAGAACCUUCCCUCUCAGCGACUGUGUCUAUAGAUGUUGUUGUUGUUGAAAGUGCAGGUGAAAUACAAACAUCCUUUAGACAGUUACCAGCCAAGGAGGAGAGUUUCUCGGAUUUAAAUCUGUAUUUGCUGAUUGCCAUUAUCUCGAUUUCAAUUAUAUUUUUGUUAAGUAUAAUUAGUUUAAUAGCUAUAAAAUGCCACAGGACGGACGGCGGAUUGAGUUCAUAUAGCGCCCCAGUGAUAACCACACACCCUGACGGGAGCUGGUCUUACUCCAAAUCUACUCAGCAAUAUGACGUGUGUUUUAGCUCAGACACGCUGAAGAGUGACGUUGUAGUUUUCCCCGCAUCUUUUCCGCCUGUGGAUGCCGAAUUGAUCAGCAUCAAUGGAGCGGACACGUUUAAACGGAACCAAACUCUUCCCAAUAGCGAGAAGGUAAGAAUGGGGUUUAUCAGUUGUAUAUAAAGCUGACUUAUAUAUUAUUUAUUUGUCUUUUCAAAAAUACAGCUUUCUGUAACUUGCCGUGUAACGCUCAGUCUGAGUCAUUGAGUAUAGUCUCAGGCGAUCCGUUUUUCCUGCAAAUCUUGUAUAUAUCUGUCCUUGGUCCUGGAAAUACGACUUACUUUGUUUGAGUAUUUGAUUUUAAUUUACCAAAUUUCAUGACAUCCUCAAGUAUUUACAGACAAAAAAAGAAAUAGACUAGUCAUGGUUAUUUGUUUUUUGGGCGUUUUAUUGGUGAUCAAGGAGAAGUCAAGCCACGGAAACAAAUAAUACUAUUAUAUUCAUAUUAUUAUUAAUAAUGACAAUAAUUAAAAGGUGUAAACAUUGCUGUACAACACAUUACGUUGAUAAAAAGCAAUGUUAAAAAUUCCAGAAAGAAAAGAAACAUUGCAAAAAAGAAGGGUAAACUACUCG